AUGUCAGGUGCGCGGCUGACUGCGGUCAUUGCCGUGAAGUGGAUGGCACAGGGGCCCACCCCGGACGCCCCUCCAUCGCCCGCUUUCCUCGCAUCGCUCACGAGACUUGCGACUUUCCAGUCCUACCUCCCACCUUUCUCGAUUUCAACAUUCUCUGUACUACUCAUCAACAGGGAUGUUAUCCUCCUCACAGAUCAGCUCGCCAUUUUCAACGGUGUCUGUGUUUGUAGGGGCCCUGUUGAUACGCUUGGGGAUGCUGGCAGUAGGGGCGUGGAUCGACAGAGCUUCAAGCACAGUGAAGUACACAGAUAUCGAUUAUUUCGUCUUCAGUGAUGCAGCACGUUUUUUAAGUGAUGGUGGAUCUCCAUACGAGCGUGAUACUUAUCGCUAUACACCUUUUUUGGCCUACUUGCUGCUGCCUAACCUGUGGUUACACCCGGCGUGGGGGAAGGUCUUGUUUGUCAUCUUUGACUUGCUGGUGGGGUUCCUGAUAAUGAAAAUUUCUUCCCAGUAUAAAGUGGCAAACAACACACCGCUGAAGAUCCAACCAAUGAACGGCUUUUCGUCGUUUUUUGCUGCGUCUCCUCCAGUAUUAUAUGCGUCAUUUUGGCUCUAUAAUCCCCUAGUCAUUAAUUGCUCAACACGGGGCAGUGCAGACUCCUUAGUCAGCGCAUUGGUUCUUGCGACGGUCUUGCUAGUGCAGCAAAAUCGACCUAUCCUCGCAGCAGCCUUUCAUGGGGCAGCAGUCCAUUUCAAGGUGUACCCAAUCAUAUUCUCCUUCUCUUACCUGGCAGCACUUCCUGAAAGCGACACGGAUGGCGAGGGACAGGACCUCACUCCCAUUGGCUCCUGGCGCAGCGUCUGGCCAUUCUCGACAAGAAAGCGUCUUCUCUUCUCUGUUGUCAGCGCUUUGACGUUCCUGGGCCUGACUCUGGCCGCUUACGCCCUGUCAGGUCACCCCUACCUCUCCCAGGGCCUCCUUUACCACCUGACCAGGACAGACAAUCGCCAUAACUUCUCUCCCUGGUUCUACGCCAUCUACUUGGACUUUCAAGAUGAGGAGCGUCGGCGGUUGUUGGGUCUGGCCGCCUUCCUCCCCCAGCUCCUUCUCCUGGCCUCCACCUCGCUCACCCUCGGCCCGCGGGACCUGCCUUUCUGUGUGGCCGUUCAAACCAUGGCUUUCGUGGCCUUCAACAAAGUCUGCACCGCCCAGUAUUUUGCUUGGUACUUCUCCGUCCUCCCCGCUGCAGGGCCCUCCCUCGCGUCCCUCCCUUCCUCCCUCCCGCUCUUCCUCGGCGUGGCCUGGCUCCUGGCACUGGGCGCCUGGCUGGCAUGCGCCUACCUACUCGAGUUUCAGGGUCGCAACACUUUUUUUGCGACCUGGAUAUCGUCCCUUGUCUUUUUGUGCGUUAACGUGGGGCUGCUUGCCUGGCUCUUAGAGGCGUGGGGUCGGGGAGAGGGAGGAAUUAUGCCCGCGGCGUUGUCGAGGGAGGACGGGAUAACCCGGGCGAGGGAGGGUGGAGGAGGCUUGCGACCAAGAAGGAAGAGAGAGAGGAUUCCGGUUAGUAGCGAGCGAAGAUGA